CCACGCGCUUUCUUGAUUCUUCGUCCUUUCUGUGGGGAUAUCGUGUCCUUUGCAAUGAACCAAGUAAUGGGCACUGUGAGGACCUCAUUCGAAUUCGGAAAUUUCCUUUUUCUUGCCUUCUUUUUUCCCUUCUAGCUCUCACUACGGCCACUCUAUUAUCAUUCUAUUUUGUGUAACUGUCUCGUUUAUCUCAUUGGUGGCGAAGAGCUUGUGGGAUUCGAGUUCUUCGAAGUGAAAUGGGUUUAGUUAUAGGUUUGAUUCUCUUUGGAUUUGUUCUUGGGGUGGUGGCCGUCGUUGCUGCUGAAGCUUUUGGAUUGUACCUGAUCAUUAUAUGGUUGGGCACCAAGGCUAAACGAGACGAAACUGUAACAGUAUCAACAUCGAAAUCACACGAGGGUAUUGCAGAGCUUGAUCUCCAGCAAUCGUUAAGUUUUGCAAAGAAUAAGCAGGGUCUGAUUUGGGUUCUUGAAUCUGACAAAAUUCCAGAAAUCCCACAGAACAAACCAUCAAAGGAUAAAAGAAGAAAAAAUGAAAUCUUGGAGGUUUCUCCUGUUAAAAAGUAUGGAAAAAUUAAGGGUCAAUCACUGAUUCUGACAGACCCUGAUGGUUUGCACACACAAGUUCCGCUGAAGGGAUGCAUAGUGGAAGCUGUUUCAGCAACAAACCUAUCUUCAAAAAAAUGGGCAAAAAAGUUUCCCAUUAAGGUGGAAAGCAAGACCUCUGCAGUAUACAAUGGAAGAAAAUCCUUUUAUGUAUAUCUUGAAACUUCCUGGGAUAAGGAAGCAUGGUGUAAGGCACUCCGUUUGGCUUCGUGUGAUAAAGAACAGAAGGUUGAAUGGUUUGCUCAGUUGCAUGAAGAGUUCCGUAGUUAUCUAGCAUCUCUCAAUGCUGAAUAUAAUACAUUUUUUAAACCAACGGUAGGGUCUAGUGUUGAGUUGGAAAAUAGGGCUAUCAAACCUGAUGGUGCUUCCUCCAAGGUUCAAAAAUUUCUGAAAAAAAUUGCAAAAAAGUCUUCCAGAGUUGGUUUGGAUAAUAAAUCAUCUUGGUCUUCAUUGUCAGGCCGUGAUGAAAGAAAGAAUGCAGAUAUCUUAUUGAAGAAUGCUUCAAUGGCAAAGAGUCUUAGGCAUCCUGUGGAAGACAAUGCUCCACUGUCAUCAUCUACGUUAUCUCAUUCAAGAAGCCAGAGUCAUGCUUCUAUUAGCUCUGACGUUGAUUCUGAUGAGAAGUUUGGUAUAGAUGAGGGAACAUUAUGUUGGAAUUUGUUGAUUUCUCGAUUCUUUUUUGAUGCCAGAAGCAAUGCUAAGCUGAAGGCAUUCAUGGAAGCAAAAAUUCAGAAUGCAUUGGCCUCAAUGAGAACUCCCAGUUAUGUUGGUGAAAUCAUCUGUACAGGCGUCCAUACUGGAAGCCUUCCACCUUGUAUUGUUGGGAUGAGGGUUCUUCCUAUGGAAAUGAGUGAGGUAUGGGGCUUUGAAGUUGACAUUGAAUACCCUGGUGGUGCAUUAUUAGAUAUUGAAUCAAGGCUUGAAGUUGGUGAACUAGAUAAUGCUUCAGGGGUAGGAGACUCAGAUCGAGACUCGCCUGAUUCUGUAGAUGUCUCAUCAGAUCUUCUUCAAGGUCUUGAGGAUCUUGGAAAACAUUUAAAUCUUUCAGAUGGAAUGGGUGAUGCACAAGAUCCAAAAGGAGAUGAUGAAUUUAACACUGAUAUUUCUAAGAAUGUUAAGAGCACCACAGCUUGCUCAACCUAUGGAUCUCGGUGGAAAUCUAUAGUAAAUUCCAUUGCCAGACAGGUUUCACAGGUUCCUUUCUCUUUGACAAUAAGAAUAACAUCACUCAGGGGAACCCUACGUCUACAAAUAAAGCCUCCUCCCUCUGAUCAAUUGUGGUAUAGUUUCACGUCUAUGCCAGACAUAGAAUUUAACUUGGAGUCAUCUAUUGGAGAACAUAAGAUAACUACUGGACAUUUAGCUUUGUUCCUGAUCAAUCGAAUUAAGGCACUAAUUCGGGAAACUUUAGUGCUUCCAAAUUGUGAAAGCAUAUGCGUUUCGUGGAUGCUUGCAGAAAAAGAUGAUUGGGUACCCCAGGAGGUUGCUCCAUUCAAAUGGGUUAACCAAGAAUCCAGAAAGGAGACUUCCACUUCAAGUGAUGCCCCAACUCAGCAUCCGGAUAAUGCAAGUGAUAGUUCAGAGCACAAACAGAAAAAACCAGAUAGCAUUGAAGUGCCAUGUCGGAAAUCAGCAGAUUCUUUAACAAUUCCAUCCAGUUCCACUAAUUUACCAAGAAGCAGAAGUUUAGAUGAUUUGACAACACCUUUGUUGGGGGAUGAUUACAAACCCCGUGAAACUAGUGAACAGGGUGGGGAAGAUCCCCAGCUAGCAAGGAAUGUGGAAGGAGUAUCCCAUGCCAUUGAGCGGGAUGACUCAAGGCGAAAGAAAAUGGGGACACGAGAAAAGAUGCUUGAUUUGAGGAAGAAGAUGAGUGAGAAAUUUGAAGAAAAGAAGCGUCAUAUUGAAGAGAAGGGUCGGAACUUUGUCGACAAGAUGCGGGAGCGUGAGAGAUAUUGAUAUUGAUCCCAUGAACAGAAUGCGUAUACGUGUUUAUGCUCAGAUAGAUCAUGAUGAAUUUCAUUGCUAAGCUGUAUAUUUCUAGGUGCUUAGAAAACAUUAAAUAAAUUUCGCAUUAUAUGUUCAUUUAUUGACUAUACAAUAUUCUUGACCCUGGAAAUGCCAGAGAAGUCAUAUUGAAUUUCAUGUGUGCUUAGAGAUGAUAUGAUAUAUGUUCAGCACGUUAGCUUUCA